AGAGUUCACCUAAAAGAACCGAUUCAUAGAGCCGACUCAUAGAGUUCAGUGAACAGUGGUUUCCAUGACAACAAAGUAAUCAACACUCCUCCAGGUAGCACAAACAACGAUUUAGCAUCAGUGUGUAGGUGAGCCAAGUAGCUGUUUGAGGCAGUUUCACUUUUAUGUACAAUACUGAUUGAUUUUUAUUUGUACUUUAACACAACUGACGUGUAAACAAAAUAAAAAAAAAAAAUAAAUUGCCAAUUCGCAAUGGGCAAGAAGACUGGAGAAAAGAAAGCUACACUGGCAGAGUCUUUCAUCAAGUUCCAAAUUGAAGUUAAAAGUAAAGAGAUUGAAGAAUUUAAGGAAGAAAUAAAGCAACUGGAAGCCAAGAACCAAAAGCUUGUUGAACUGCGAGAUCAGCUGCGAGAGGAGCAACAGGGACACCUCAGUGUGCUACGCAAGCAAGCAAAGGAGCAGGAGAAGAAGCUCGAGGAGAAAGAAGUGGGCAGUAAAGCACAAGUAGAACAGGCUGUCCGGCACAAUCUAGAGCUCGUACAUAUCCACGAGGAAGAGCUGGCAGAGUUGCACAGGCAGCUGGCGAGUGUACAGGCCCAGGCUGUGGAGCUGCAGGUGCACAGGCAAACUUGGCAGCUAUAUAAGAACGUGGAGAGUGUUGCGCAUCAACAGCAUAUCCAAAAACUACAGUCAGAACUCAACUCUUUGCAGAAGAACUUCCAAGCAAUGUCAGAAAAUAUUGAGUACUCUCUGAAAGCAACCAUUUGUAAGAUUGACAAGAAUACCUCACAGCUGAUUGAAGGAGAGAAGCUGCUAGCUAGAGAGAGGGCAUUAAAACAGGUUGACAAACACAGUCUUCAGAAGAUCAAAAAGAACGACUGGCUUAAGAAAGAGCUUGCUGUCUAUCUUGAGGAAGUCUCAGUACUGGAAGAAGCCGUGAAGAACUUAGAGGAGGAGAACUUGGAGCACAUGAGGCAACUGUUUGACCAUCGCCUCAGUGAUGUACAAAUCUCUAGCAAUGCGUUACUGACUCAGGCUGAAGACUUGGAGCAGAAACUCAGCCUUCCUGAUGAAAGAGCAGCGGAAAUUGGGAGGGAACAGCACCAGCAGUCUGGGGAGUUGGAGAAAGAUGAAACGGAUCACAGCUGCAAGCCCUCCUCCCCUACUCACCAUCUCAGCACACUGCUGUAUGGCAGCCAGUGCGACCUCAGGGAACCGCUGCACCUGGGCCCUUUGGAGCAGAAGCUGCUGAGUGUGGUUGGCCAGGCCAUGCCCCUUUAUCCUUUGCCAUGUGACCCUGAGGAUUUGGACACUUUAACACACUUAGGCCUGUUUCAGGCACAAGAUGGGACUCUCACAACGAACAUCAUUCGCAAUAAGUUCCAGUAAAGACACAGUUGUACUCUAAACUCUGCUUUUCAUUUUUGGCUACAAAAGACAACAAAAUCUUUCAUUUCUAUGACUGAAUGCUGAAGAUUAAGACUUAAAGUGGUUUUACUCUAUGAAAGCAUAUACACCUGCAGGGGUGGACAAAUCAGCAGCCUGAGCUAUUAGGUUUUAGGCCUGGUGGACAAGUAGGCUCAGAGGACUAGUGAUCGCCAGCAUUUUUUUCCCUCAUUCAGCAACCAGAGAAAGUAUUUUAUGUUAUAUACUUUUAAACUCAGUUGCUGUAAAUGUAGCAAAUCACAACUUGUUCUGAACCCCACUGCCUGUUGCACUAUACAUACUGGCUGAGGUGUGAUCUGCUUCUCAGUAGAACUCUGACAAGUUGGAUUAAUAAGAUUGCACAGAUCAGAAACAUGGCUAUGUGCAGUGGUUCCAUGUCCAUAGGGGCAGGUGGUGCAAAGCCCGACCAUUUACACCAGCCAUUCAACAAAUCUAAACAAAUUUUAAAAAAAAAUGCUAUUUAUGUUAUUAUUAUUAUUAUUAUUAUUAUUAUUAUUAUAAGAAGAAGAAAGUUAACGACGGGGAUGCCAGAUUGGGCUAGUUUAAAAUACUCUGAGGCCACCAGAUUUACAGCAAUUCAAUGUAAUUAAAUCGAAUAAAUUUCUGCUAUGAAAAAAAAAAAAGGCAAUGUGAAAGUGCAUACAGUGUGUCUAUGAUGUACAGAACCAUUUCUAUUGUAAGAUAUGUUGCAAAAAUUAGGAGAGAAUUACAGAGUGGGUAAUGUCCAAACAUCAGAAAAUGCAUAUACUUGUUCGCAAAGGCUGAGAAAAAGAAGAAAAAAUUUCCCCCUUUUGUAAUGCCCAAAUGUUUCUGGGCUACUUUAAGGUUUUUUGUAUGGUUUUUGAGAUGUAGUUGGGCUGGAGAUUUUGCUGAAACCUGUCAACCCUGGUUAAUGAUAUUAGCUCAAACAGACUUGAACAAAAAUGAUACCGUAUGCUGGAUGAUUGUAUGUCAGUGACUCUCAACUGUCUAUUGCAAGGGUACUCUGAAAAUUCACUAGAUAGCAGCCUAUAGCAUAAGUCAGGUAUGAUAAGCUCUUGACUUAAUUUUGUUUGAGGCUAUGUCGUUAUUAAUGAUUGAUUUUGGUGGGGCUGGAUGUCAAUCAUCACAAGCUGCUGAUGUAAAUAAAUUAAAGAUGCUGGCCAAACUUAAUUUUAUUCAAACAAUAAUAUUGGAUGUUAUUGUUUAUGUGCAAAAUAUUGGCCAAUGGCUUGCUGAUUUUUUGUUAUAAGGGCACAAACAUGACUACAUAAUAAAAUUCUAUUUAAAAAAAAGGAUAAAAAAAAAAAGAGGAUAAGGAUUAUGGUUAGACUAAGUCUUCCCUUACCCAGGACUUUAUAUAUUCGUCUCACUAUACACCUUAUGGCACUUGCCAUUUUUAGCCUAGUCAGUUAAGUAUUCAGGAAAAUAAAUCAUGGGCCUGGGGAGCACACAAGAGCUCUCACAUGCCUGGUGGGCU